AUGCCCACCUCUGACUCUAUCAGUCCUUCAAGGCACCGGAGCCCUAGGGCUGGCAAUGGCCAGAAACAACGCCGCCGCAUCGUACGACGAUCAAAUAUGUCACGCUCGAAUACAACUCCCGAUCUCGGUAUCAAGUCAUCUGCUACGAUGUACAACGGUUGUGGCUUCACAGUAGUGCCGGACGAAGCAGGACUCGUAAACACAUCUUCUUCUUCUUCGGAGUCGUUCCCUUCGAUAACCAACAGUACAUCUUUUGGCCCCUCGCCUACGGCCUCGGUUGGGAGCGGAUCGAGUACAAUAGUGGAAGGCAAGAAGAAGCAUGGCAUAUUUGGCUUCAAGGCAAAGGACAAUGACCGGCCGAAAAGUUCGCAUGGGUCCCCCCUUCAACUAUCACCUCUGCCUCCGCUUACGCCAGUGAAAGCUGCACAGUUUCUCGGGGUUGAAUAUGGUGCUGUGAGGAAUAGAAGCGGGUCACUGGGCAGUCGGGUUCCGGAAGUUUAUGAAUUCAACGGGCUGCUGGUACGAUCGAUUCCGGAAAACAAAAAUCUUUUGACCCACCUGACUAAUAUCCAGGACUCUGCGAGCGAAAAGACUGAGUCUGUAGAUGGGGAUGUUGUCUCAGGACCAAUGACACCCAAGUGCUUCUGGGCAGCUGGUAAUCGGAAAGCGCAGCGGAUGUUAGGCCUGGCCCCAUCGCGUGAAUCUAGCACCAAGCAUGGAGUUGAGCCAGAGAACCACAUCACUGAGACACCAGCGAUUCUUUCAAAGAAGGGGAAUCGAGUUGAUUACAGCAGUGAGCCUGAUGUCCAUGCCCGUCCUCCUGCAAAGCCUCGAAAACGUCGCAUGCGCAGGAAGGCCCCUAAAUCGCUCGAUCGAAUGACACCUAUUACGGAAAUAUCUUGUGACGAACUCCGUUCAUCUUAUCACGAUUCUGAACACAAUCCCGAGUUGGAACUCAUAUCGGAGUAUGAACGCGAUCCUUCAUACAGUAGUAGCCUACCGUCACGACCACCGACUCCGUUACCGUUCACGGCUAAUACGAGCUAUGAAUUGGAGGAACGAGACCUCUCACCAAAAAAAUUCGAUUCAGGAAAACAUGCUGCUGCUGGAGCGGAAGAACAUGCAAAAAAAUCCGAUCACGAAGUUGGCUUCGACAAAUCUAAGCAAAAGUCGCCAGCCGUCAUUUACCUGCGUGGUCCUUUACAGUCUUUUGAGGACUGUCUUCUCGAUGCAACUGAAGCCAAUCUCAAGGCCUUAAUGAUCAAGCAGAAUAUCAAUGAUGCUGCGAGAAUUUACCUGGAUGCCAGAGGCAGUUCUUUGAGAGCUUCCCACCAAGCGAUGAAGAUGAAAUUUGUGGCGGUAAGCCCGAACGUGCUGGCUGAGGAUGCUAACAAUGACAUGGAGUCUGAAAGCGAUGAUGGCAAAAAAUUAGUCUCUAUUCGUGGCAGCAUUGAUUUGGAAGAAGAUCCAAUCGUUGAUUUGGCCGAAUUGAUGAGCUGUACACACAUCACCCCAAGUGCGAUGAAGCUUAUAGAUGUUUCACCCGGGGAGCCAAAGCCAACCACUCCGUUCAAACACAAGCCUGCAUCUAACUCGUCAAGCGGAGUAAAGACACCCUUGAAGCCGGCUUAUAUAUUUCAGCAUGACGAGAAAGCCAGCCCAUUCAAGGAACUAAUAUGCAACGUAAGGGUACGUACGCCCACACCACCUCUCGCAAACCAACCUAACACCACGCAGCCCACCCUCACACGCAGCCAUCCCCCAACUAAACUCCCCCAAAAGAUCCGCAAAACAAAAAAGAGUAAAAAUCUCUGCAACGAAUCCCGCAUUCUAGUCCAAAACUGGAUCUCCACAAACGACCACACCAAACAACGCCCCUUGUCCGACCGCCUGGACAUCGACGUUUUAUCUGAUCAGCAAAUCCCGCCUGCUCCCUUUCCAAAAGACACUAACAAUAUCUCUGCUGCCUCUCCAACUCCACCCCCAAGGAAAUCGUCAAAAGAACACUACUGCUUCCGCAACGGCCACAUCCUCCACCCCAUCAACCUCCAAUCCAUCCCCGACGAAGCCGCCAUCAACACCCUCGAAGUCCGACCUUAUCUGCGUACACAUUCCGGGCGCAAGACGCACGUUCAUAUUCCGGUGUUUUGUGAUCGGUGUGGAGAAGACGUGCGGGAGGAGCUGUGGGAGUGCGAUAUUGCGGUUUGUCGGAUGGUGGUGUGUAAGGCGUGUGCGGCGGAUAUGGAGGGAGAGUGGAGGGGGCGAGUGUGUGGGGAGUGGAAGAAUUGA